CCCAGCCACUCACGCACCCAGUUUCUUCUUCCUCGUUCAUUCUCUCUCUCACUUUCUCACGACCGUCUCUCUCUCUCUCUCUUGCGCGCGUGCGCACAGUGCGUGACCGGCCGCCCGUUCCUCCACGCCUGGAGACGCGGCGCCCCUUCUUCCUCAUUAUUCUCUCUCUCUCUGAAACCCUCUCUCUCUCUCCAGCUGUGGCUUUCCACCUCCGGCCGUCUCUCUCUUUCCCACCCGUGCGACGGCGUCUCCGAGGUCCCUGCGGCUUUGUCUGCAAAUGGGCUUGUCCAUGGCUGCUUCAUCGUCAUCUCUCAUCCCACCACCACAGCGGGAAUACAAUGUCUUCUUGAAUUUUAGCGGUCUUGACACCCGCGAGUCCAUUAUUAGUCAUCUACGAGUUGAUUUGGAGCGAAACGGCUUUCACACAUUUAGAGACGACGAAAACUUGGAUAGAGGACAGAGUAUUGGGCCAGGACUAUUGGAAGCAAUUGAGGAUUCAUCAAUGUCUCUUGUUGUGUUCUCAAAGAACUACUUUGCAUCGACAUGGUGUUUGCGCGAACUUAAGAAGAUUAUGGAGUGUAAAAAGAACUCAGAACAUUUUGUUUUGCCCAUAUUUUAUAAGAUAGAACCGUCUGAUAUACGACACUUAAACGAGAGUACUGCAGAAAUCUUGGCCAAAACCUUGGCCAAACACGAAGAAGAACAUCCCAAGAUGGAGAAUUGGAGAACAAUUCUAACUGAAGUUGCCAAUUUAAGUGGUAUCAUCUCCAAUCACUAUAGGGAUGAAGCAAGCUUGGUUAAGGAUAUUGUUAAAGAGGUUCAAAGAAAAUUAAAUUUGCGCAUAGAUUUAAAUGUUGCAACCCAUCCAGUUGGAAUAGAGCCUCGUUUACAAAAGCUACUCAAGGAGUUGUGCUUGGAGUCAUCUGAUGAUGUUCGUAUUAUAGCAAUAUGGGGAGUUGGUGGACUAGGUAAGACAACAAUUGCCAAAGCUGCGUAUAAUCAUAUUCGUAGCAGGUUUGAAGGUUGCAGCUUUGUCGACAAUGUUAGAGAAACAUGGGAGCAAUCAAAUAGGGGCUUGCUUGCUUUGCAAAAUCAAAUUCGAUCUGAUAUCUCGAAGAAUAAAAAUUAUAAAAUUAGAAACUCUCACGAGGGGGUUGAAUUCUUAAAACAUAGAGCUUUCAACGGAAGAAAAGUGCUCCUAGUUCUUGAUGAUGUAAAUAGUGUGGAACAGCUGACUGCACUAGCCAUCGAUCCAAGGUUCCUCUAUCGUGGGAGUAGAAUUAUUGUAACUACUAGAGAUAUUUCUUCCUUGAACUCGCUUCGACCAGUGCUUACCAAAUAUGAGCUUGAGCUUUUGAAUAAGGAUGAAUCUCUUCGACUCUUUAAUUUGCAUGCCUUCAACCAACAUAAUCCUCUAGAGGGCUUUAUGGAGUUUUCAAAAACAGUGGUGGAUUAUGCAGGGGGUAUUCCAUUAGUUCUUCAAGUUUUGGGUUGCUAUUUGAAUGGCAAAAACGAUCAAUCUGUAUGGAGAAGUGCAAUUACAAAAUUGGAAAAUAUUCCUCAUAAUGACGUUCAAAGAAAACUAAGGAUAAGUUUUGAUUCACUAGAUGAAAAACAACAAAAGUUGUUCCUAGAUAUAGCAUUCUUCUUUGUUGGAAAGAGUAAAAAUUUUACCAUUCAAGCAUUGCAAGACAAUGAGAUUUUCCCAGAAGAUGGAUUUCAACGCUUGGUGGAUCUAUGUCUCCUAAAAUGUGAUCAGGGACUUGUGAUUGUAAUGCAUGAUGUUUUCAAGCAGAUGGGUAGGGAGAUCGUUCGACAAGAGAAUGUUGAUUAUCCAGGAAAACGCAGUAGAUUAUGGGAUUACAAGGAUGCCCUUAAAGUGCUGAAAAAUUGUGAGGGAACUGAAGCAGUUGAGGGCCUUAUCCUGUUGCACAAUGGAAAAGAUAUUAAAGUGAAAGCAAAAGCAUUUCAAAAGAUGACAAAACUGAGGGUGCUUCAUCUCGAUCACGUUCUUCUUAGUACUGGCUACAAGCUUUUGUUCAGAAAUUCUGGCCACAAGCAUUUGUCCAGAAAUUUAGUAUGGCUACGUUGGCAUCACUUUGAUCUCAGUGUUUUGCCAUCGCAAUUAUACUUGGAGAAUUUGGUUGCUCUUGACCUAAGUUACAGCAACAUAAAACGAGUUUGGAGGGGAACUAAGGUUUUAAAGAAACUACAAGUUCUUAACUUAAGGUCUUGUCACAACUUAACCACACUUCCUAAUCUCUCUGAGCUCUCCAAUCUCGAGAGGCUGGAUCUUUCGGAGUGUGUAAGAUUGCAAGAGGUGGAUAAGUCUAUUGGACAUCUCCAUAGAUUAUAUUUUCUAAGCCUCUAUGAUUGCCACAGCCUUAGGAAGCUUCCGUCGGAGAUGGCCAACUUGAAAUCUCUUGAAGUAUUAUGGAUCUCCCAGAUCCCGAGCAAGUGUCAAACAUUGACAAAAAAGAGUACAAGUUCUCUUGGGUUGUCACUAAACUUUAUACAGGGCUUAAGGUCCUUACGUCUAUUGGAUAUUAGUGGCCGCUCUUUCACUCAAUUACCUGAUAAAUUAUGGUGUAUGACCUCCUUAGCCUAUUUAUGUAUUUCGGGAUUUAAAAUUGCUUGCUUGCCAGAGAGUAUAUGCAACCUUACAAAAUUGGAGACUUUAGAUUGUUCAUAUUGCCGUAUGUCAAAUCUGCCAAGUGAACUUGGGAGAUUGAACCGAUUGCUUGAGUUGAAUCUUCAGGGAAAUAACUUUUGUAGUCUGCCAGAGAGCAUCGGUGACCUCACUAACUUAGAGAGUCUCGAUUUGCGUGAUUGUGAAAGACUCCAAUCACUCCCCAAGCUUUCAAGUUGUGGAGAUUUCAUCGAUGUUUCCAAUUGCACAUCAUUAGAAAGCAUAUCACUCGAAUCAAUGAUGAACUAUAGCGAUUUGUCUUGUUACAAUUGUCCUAAACUAUACGAGAAGUAUUCUGUCGACAAAAUUGGAACAAGUUUUCUCGAUUACAAGGGUGCACGUUCAUUCAGAAUUAUGAGUCAUUCAUGGGGCAUGUUUCCUGAUUGGUUGCAGCAUGAGACCACAAACUCAUAUUAUGCUUUCAAGGUGCCUCCUCUUGGAGUCGGAAAUAAAUAUUUUAUUCGAUGUAUUUUUUAUGUUGUCCUGAUCAUGCUUGACAAAAACUAUUCGAGUUGGUUGGAUUCCAAAUUGCACAACAAAACCAAAGAUUGCCACUAUAGUAUUGGUUGCAACUAUUAUAGGGACGCAUCGCUGGCAGAUCUGUUCACUUUUUAUUAUAUUUCUUUUCAUGUGGAUGAGUUGGACUUGGAAGAAGGCGAUGAAAUAGAAAUUUCUUGGACACAUAACAAGAAUGCGGCUUUGAAGAAAUGGGGAAUUCAUGUCAGUUAUUACACAAUGGAUGACACAAGAUUGAAGAUUGAUUGAAUCAAGAAGUUGAUGAAAUCUAUUGUAAUUUGUAGCAUAUAUAAAUAUAUAUAUAUAUAACCAUUUAGUCAUGUUUUUUAAAUUUUUAUUUUCCAUUCGUUAGCUGCUGGCAUGUGAUAAAAUAUAUUUUGCAAGCUUUUAUAAUAAAUAUUAGCAGGGUUAAUGUCA